UAGAUAGCCAGGCUUAUCUUCACAGAUGGCUGGGGUGACAGCGACCAGCGUUAUACUGUAGUGCGAAAUAUUAAAAAAAACCGAAUAGUAGUUAUUAAUUUACUCACAUAAUUCUUCAUACAGUGUCCGGAUACUGACAUAUUAACACAUUAAAGGCGCAUUUUACUCGAGUUUUUGGUGCAUUAAAUGGAGGAGAAGAAGGAAGACGGAGACUCGGAGAUACAGGAACACGGACCCGAGCACUGGUUCUCAAAAUGGGAGCGGCAGUGUUUGGCCGAAGCGGAGCAGAGGGAGCCGAGCGAGGAGGAGGCCGACAACGACCAGGAGAAACUGUGGCAUCUUUUCCAGAACUCCGCCACCGCUGUGGCACAGUUAUACAAAGACAGAGUAUGCCAUCAGCAGGGCCUGUCAUUGUGGGUGCCAUUUCAGAACUCUGCAACAGCUGUGACCAACCUCUACAAAGAGAGUGCUGAGGCCUUUCAGAGAAGCUUUGAUCGGGGCAUCCAGAUAGGACACCAACGCCGUAAUAAGGACAUGUUGGCCUGGGUGAAAAAGCGCCGAAGAACCAUCCGAAGGGAGGAUCUUAUCAGCUUUCUGUGCGGCAAAGCACCACCACACAGGAGUAGCAGGGCUAAUCCCCGGCUGGCCAUGGUGGCCCCCAGCCGGGCUAAUUCACCAGCAGAGACUGGCUCAUCUGUGGAAGCAGACCUCCAGCCCUUCAGGGAGGCCAUAGCACUGCAUGGUCUGAGUGGAGCCAUGGCGAGUAUCAGUGUUCGCUCCGGUGCUCCAGGGUCUCCCACACACGUGAGUGGGAGCAGCAGUAACGGAGGUGGCGCCGCUGUAGGAGGUUCUUCCGGCUCGGGGCCGAUGUGCCGCAGCAGGCGCAACGGGCUCCAAGACGUCGACCUGAACACUUUCAUCUCAGAAGAGAUGGCACUGCAUCUGGACUCUACAGGCUCUGCCUCUGCCGGAGGGGGAGGAACCAGGAAACGAAACUCCACCCAGUGUAGUGACGUCAUCACGGACUCCCCGACGCACAAACGCAACAGGAUGAUCUGAUCUGCUGCCUGCCUAUGUGUGUGUGAGGGGGGGUGGGGGAAAAGCCUUCGACGCCAAGGCUAGGAGAAGGGGGGAUGUACGGGCUUAUGAGGGACAGAUGGACAUUUGGACGCCUGGCUGUGCAAAACAACCUGGGCUGAUGGUCUCAGAUGGGUCCAUUCAGAAGCUGAAUGAAUUCUUUUCCUUGUCUCCUUUUCUCACUCUUACUACAAAUCACUGAUCUGCAAUCAGAAAGCCUGAUGAGUACGUGUGUGACUGGGAGGUCUGGACGACAUCACACACUCCUCAGACACAGCUGCCCCGGAAAGGAGACAACGAAGGGACUCAUUCUGGGAUGCAGACAGUCCUCAGAGGGGUGAAAACGCACCGUGUGCUGCUUGACAAGUAAAAAGCCACUUGAUCCUUGACACAUUUGUGCCCUUCCCUCCCUUAACCUCACUCAUCCUCACCCACCACCUUAAUAAGGAAGUGAGGGCCAUGAUCAAAUCGUCUCACUCAGCGAAUCAAGUUGCUCGCCAAAUGUCGGACCCGACAGAGACUCACCUCUGCGUCAAACAACACACCUGUUCUUUCUGUUACUUCAUCAUCGCAGCUCUCAGUUGCCUGUCAGUGGUGGAGCUAAAUCAUCACGCUUCAUCUGCCGCUUGUAACCAGUUACAUCUCUCUGGCUACCAGGCACGUAACUUUAUUCUCUGCUAAAGCUUCAACAGUGGCUCGAUUUAGUUCAGCCAGAUGCCCUUUUCUCUGUUUUUAAGUUCAACCACCAGUGUUAAAUUCUAGGUUUGUCGCCACUGUUUGCAGCAGUGAUAGCCAAGUUAAUUUUGCGUUCUUUUCUUCACUUUGUUUUUUUGUUGUUGAGGAUAAUGGAAAGGAAAUAUUUUUUUUCUUUGUGUAUACAGCUUGUCAGCCUGUUUGCUGACUGCGACGCCCUCUCCCCCCUUUUACCCUAGUCUUAUUACAAAAGCAGCUGCUGUUUUAUGUGAUUGUGUGAUUAUUCUGAUGAGUUGCAAUAAGGAUUUUUGCACUUAGUUUUCACCUCUAACUCAUGCAAACAAAUCGGCUCUUCCAUUGUAUCCCAGUUGUAGCCUUGUCAAGCCCUUACGCAUUAUUUACCGGUUGGUGCUUGGAAAAAAAAUUGUUUGAAAUGGGAGCCGUCACGCACACUUCUGGUUCCAACAACUUUUCAAAAGUGUUCAAUCAAGUUGUGUUCCUGCGCGUGGGCUCUGUGUGUAUUCAAAGAGUCCUUCCCCAUCUGAAAAAUUAGUUAUCGGAAGAUUAUCUGUAAUGAAAGAAAAAAUCACAGAAAUGUUUACAAAGGCAGCGUUUCUUAAGACUCAACGAGUACACACCAACGAGUGCACACAAGGAUUAUUUGAGCAUCGGACUCGGUGUCGGGACACGGUCUGCUUUUUGUAUAAGGGGUGUGUGCACUAAUAAGACGUGGAUGAGUUUGAUUUAACUUGGUACAGGAUGAUGCAACUCGGGGCUUGUUUCGUUCUUGAAAUGGUUGUUGCCUCCCAUCCCUCUGAGGGAGAGGAGACACUGAUAUCACAUGAGUCAGAAAUUUGGGUUUAUUUAGCAGUUUGUAAAGUAAUAUAAACUGGUGCUGAACUUAGAGUCUUAAUGAAAGAUUAUUGGAGUUCAACUGUAAAAAAAAGAAAAUUGUUGUAUGCUUUCAUUUAGCAUAGAAAGCUAACAAAAUGCAAAUUAUUUAACAAUAUUGAGUUUUCUAGUUAUCAGAAUAAUUAUGAAUAUUUCCAGAGAUGCCCUGCCAUAAUCAUGGUAAAGUUUAACCUUUUAACGCCCGUGGGAGCUGACUUGUGAGAUGUCAGUGUUUCCUUCUCUUUUUCCUCUUUUUUGUUGACCUGUUCACUCCCCUUCACCUUUAUGACCUGAAAGGUGGGGUUUUCUUUAGUUGUAUAAAGCAUGCCAGUUUUUAACUUCUGUUACAUUUUGGUCACAGAUUUCAUUUUUGCGUUAUAGGUUGGCUUUUAUAUUCAUACAUGAUUCGCUGGCUUGUCGUUGAGAGAAAAGAACCAGGAUAAGUUUUGUUGCUUCUGUCAAAAAAAAAAAAAAAAAAAAAAAGCUCUGCGUUUAGGAGUUUGUUCUUGCAAACAAGUGAAACCACUGAAUUAGACUGAUUAAAAAUGUAAUGUCAGAUUAGAAAUGUGAGAUUUGAUUUCCACAGAGAGCCUUUGAUGACUGUGACGGAAAGUAAACAAGUAAUUGAUGACAAGGUUUUAUUGCUGGUCUUGGUUUAAAACUGUAUUAAAAAGCAAACAAAGUCUUGUCAGUUUCUGGUAGCUUCACUUAGCGCAGGUCUAGUGAAUAACAUAGGAAGGAUCAAUGUUUUUGGAAUAGGAACUUCGCCCUUUAAAGUCACAUUUAGGCUGCAUCCACACUAAUAUGUUUUUCAUUUUAAGACGCAUAACUAUUGCUACAUUUACACCGAAAGUCCACACUACUUUGACAUCUUGGAACCCUAAAAUGUUGACGUUUUGACAAUGCGUCUGACCCCAUUUUAGUCUGUAAACUGAGCCUUUUAAAAAUAGUGAUGCAGACACCCAUGUUCGCGGCAUGAUUGGAUCUAAAUAAUCACAACGUGUCAAGUUAAAGCAUUACAGCUAGGUCGAGUUAGACCUAAGGAGAUGCUAUGUGACUCGCCCACCUGCUACAUGUCUGGCCCACCUACGUACACGAGAGUCUACUAUCAGCCCCCUUUCGCCUCUUGAUCUAGAAGCAGAGGCCUUGACGAAAAUGCCAAUUUAGCACUUAAGUAGCCAUGAAAUAUUAGGUUAAAAGAGACGCUGUUAAGGUUAGGAUUAGGGUAAUGGUAAGGGUUACAUCUCAUUAUUUACAAGAUGAAUUACAUCUCCAAAAUUAUAAAAUGGAUUAUAAUAAUCAUUUGUCCAUCGCAAAUUGGCUUUAUAGGGUUCAAAUAAACGUCGAGCUAUUGGUUAGUCUUAUACGGGGGGUGGACGCAGGUCGUGGUGACGUGGCGUGUACACUUACAGCAAAUUGUGACUGCAGCUAUACAUUAUUCUUAAAGUCCAGACAGGCAGAAAUGAAGAUGUUUGAGAUGAUGACGCAGAUACCGUCGCUUGCUUCCUGUUUGGGUCUUAUCAGUCAAAGCCAAAACAUCAUUGCUACACCUACACAGCUUUUGUGAUUUCAUCUUUUCUGUGUCGGUACUCGUUUCCCAUCCCCAUGACUCCAUUAGCAAUGCUACCAGUACUGGCGCCGCCCUAAUAUGUUGGCAAAUUUGCUUGCCAUUGACUCCCAGUCUGUUUAACGCCACCUUGAUCGCCUUCCGGAAUCUCCCGUAUUACUUUUUGCCAUCCCCGUAGUAUUUUCUGCGACUAAGCAACCAACCGUAGAGUAGACAAUCUGCUUCCCGUUUACAGCAACGUGCAGGCCCAGUGUUAAAAAAUGGUAAUGUGAUAUAGUUUGCAGGUGUGUGAGGAUGGACGGAGAUGAUUUCUGAAAUGGUGCUAAAACACUUGUGUGUGGAGAGAACGAUUCAUUUAAAACGCCGCUGUAAAAUGAAAAAGCGUUAGUGUGGAUGUAGCCUCGAAGUCCAUCAGACAGUUUUAGACCGUGGGACACUUUUCAUGGCAGAUUAUGUUUUUGGAGAUGGAGUGAAUCUGAGCUGACAGCCUGUCCACACGUUCUUCAUUAAAUUUAGAAGAAUGCACUUCCGAUAUUUGAGUUGUUUUUCUGUCUGCAGACACUUUACUCAUUGUUUCGUGUCUGACACUCCGCGUUGGCAUCCGUAGCAUUCUUGACUAAAACCAAAUGGCGCUUGUUGUUACGAAUUAGCUGUUAAAACCUCACAGUGUUUUCUUUUGCACGACAACAUGUCAGUUUAAGGCAAGAUGUGAAGCGUCUGCUGACGGAGAAAACAAAUGAACUUUCAGACUAUCCUCUCCAGAGGCUCGACUGAAGAGCUGCGAGCGGGAUUGUACCGUCUUUCUAACCCCACUGUUCAACCUGCAGCGUUGACCCCCAUUGAUUAGCCUGGUUAUAAUAGAGGGAGCACUUUGUGUUUCUCUUUUCUUCCUCUGAGCCAGUCGCCGGCCUUCAUCCACAUUGUUUCAAAAGGCUGACUCAUGCCACGUGUCUCUGGAGCCAACACUAUUAUCAGCUGUUUCUUGAUACUUAUUUGUUUAAAAAGUAAUAAAUGGCUAAUCUAUAUACUUAACAUUUAAUUGUUGGUAUGAUAUAUGUGGUUCACAUUGUAAAAGGAAAUAAAACCAUUGAGUUGCAAUUGGAUGGACUAUGUUUCAUUAAAAUAAAGCAAGUUUUGUUUUAUU